CUGAUCUUUGUUCUGUAUCACUAUGUUCAAGUCGGAAAAUGUGUGAUGGUGAAGUAUUUUAUCACAUUACAGAUAAAAACGACUUUGGAAGAUUGCAUAAAUUACAAAAAAAAUAUUGUAAUAUAAGAUGAAUUCUUUAAUUCAUACUCAAAAAAUGGUAUCCGGUCACAGAAGAGCAAUUCGCAAUUAUUGCAGCUUUAAAUUAUGGUAUAAUACCAAUCAAAUAAAUAGUAGCUUGGCAUUUAUUUGUGUAAAUAGAAGAAAUCCUAAGAAUAACAGAUUAUUAUUGCAUUCUACGAUAACAGAAAAUUACAACAAUAAUUUGUCCUAUGUACAAUUUCGUACAUUUUAUAUUACACCAAUAUGGAAUGGUCAAGAAUCAUCUUCCAAAGUAGAAGAUACAAUAAAAAAUAUCAAAGAACAAAAAGAACUUGAAGCUAAAACGCAAGAAUGUAUUGUUCAUACUUCUCCAAAAUCAAAAGUAGCAGAAAAAAAGCCACCAAUAUGGGAAAGAAUUAAAGCAGAAAUUUUACAUUAUUAUCAUGGAUUUAGAUUAUUAGGUCUUGAUAUGAAAAUUUCAGCAAAAUUGAUAUGGAGAAUUUUACAGGGUAAAGAACUUAGUAGAAGAGAACAUAGACUUCUUGUAAAAACAACAGGGGAUAUGUUUAGACUUAUUCCUUUCUCUGUUUUUGUUAUUGUACCCUUUAUGGAAUUUUUACUUCCAAUUGCUAUUAAGGUUUUUCCUGGAUUAUUACCAUCUACUUUCCAAACAGCAACAGAUAAAGAGAAUAAAUUAAAACAAGCAUUGAAAAUUAAAAUUGAAAUGGCAAAAUUUUUACAACAGACAUUAGAUGAUAUGGCAGUACAAUCAACUGAUUGUAAAUCUCAAAAAGCCAAAGAAUUUGCUGAAUUUUUUUAUAAAGUUCGAACUUCUGGUGCUGUGGCUACUAAUGAAGAAAUUAUGCAAUUUAGUAAACUCUUUGAAGAUGAAAUUACAUUAGAUUCUCUUACUCGACCACAAUUAGUUGCAUUAUGUAGAGUAUUAGAUGUACAAACUCUUGGAACAUCGAAUUUUUUACGAUUUUUACUUAGAAUGAGACUUAGAAGUCUUACUGCAGAUGAUAAAUUAAUUGAAAAAGAAGGUAUAGAUUCACUUACUAGAAGUGAAUUGCAACAAGCCUGUAGAGCUCGCGGAAUGCGAGCAUAUGGAUUACCAGAUAGUAAAUUAAAAGAACAGUUGUCUCAAUGGUUAGACUUAAGUUUAAAUAAAAAAGUUCCACCUUCAUUAUUACUUCUUUCACGAGCACUUAUGGUUCCCGAAACGAUACCAAUGUCAGAUAAAUUAAAAGCUACUAUUUCUGCUCUUCCUGAUACUGUUGUUACACGUACUCAGGGUGCAAUAGGAGAAAAAGAGGGUAAAAUGGACCACAAAACGAAUAUCGAAAUUAUUAAAAUGGAAGAACGUAAAAUUGAAGAAGAGAGGCAAGAAAAAGAACCACAAACUACUGUUUGCUUACAGAGCAACAAAACGGACGAAAUUACGAAUUCAGAUGUAAAAGUUUUAGAACAGGCUUUAGAUUGUCUUGGAAAGGAUAAAGAAAUGUCUGUUGAAAAAGAAGAAUUGAAAGAAUUGAAAGAAGAAAUGGCCGAUUAUCAAGAAGAUCUUAAAGAAUUUUAUGAAAUAAAAGCAAAUGCUAAAGGCCAACAAGAUAUAGAAAAUAUUAAGGUAUCCAAAGGUGCCAUUCGUUUGUUUAAUAAAGUGAAUAAGAUGAUUAAUAAAAUGGAUGCCGUCGUUGUUCAACUUGAAUGUGAAAAGAAAAUGAAAGAAUUACAAAAUAUAAAUAAUGUUAAUAAAGAACAAACAAAUACUUCAAAAACUGCUGAAGAAUUAGUUAAGAUAGAUGAAUUAAUUUCAGCAAUUAAAAAAAUGCAAAGUGUACCUGAUCAACAUCGAUUACAACGUAUAGCUGAAAUUUUAGCAAAAAUUGAUGAUGAUAGAGAUGGAGCUAUAAAAAUUGAAGAUGUCUUAAAGGUAUUAGAAUUAAUUGGUAAAGAAGAUAUUAAAUUAAGUAAAAAACAAGUAGAUGAAUUACUUGAAUUGAUUGAUAAAGAAGAAAUAUUAGAAGAAAAAGAACAAAAUCAAAAAAAGUUACAAAAAGAUUCGCGUGAAUGUAAAGAUGAAAAUGAUAUUAAAACAAAAUGUGUUUUGCCUCAAUCAUCAGUUUUUGUUACACCAAUAUCAACUGAAAAGAACAUUGAUAAAGAAGAAUUAAAGAAAGUUGUUGAAGAAUCGAACAAAAGUUAUACUAUACAUUCAUCUGAACAAGAAAGAGAAAAAUCAGCUGCAAUGCUUAAGAGUAAUUCCAGUUCUGAUGGAGUUAGAAAUCCUCCCUUAACUCCCAAUGUUCCAUCACCAACAAAAAAAGCGGAAGGCUCUAAGCAACUGUAAUUACCGCACAAUCAAAUAUUAUAAUUUAUGUAAUUAAACAACAUUUUUAUUGGGUACAGAUUUAGAAAACUAUCAUAUUUUCAUCUUUAUAGAUUAUAUGUCUACCUCUAUAUAAUAUGAUAUUAUAAAUUUUUUUUCCUUUUUUCUUUUUUUUCUUUUUUUUUUUUUUUUUUUUUUUACAAAUGAAUUUAUAUAGUAAAAAAUGAUGCAACAAAUGAUUGCAAUAGUUUCAUGUGUGUAGUAUGUAACACACUUUAAGAUAAAUGUUACUGUUACAUGCAUGACUUUAACCAUUUGUAAUAUUUAAUUAAGAGUAAAGAAAAUAUUAAUGUAAUUUUUGUAUUUAUGAAACUAAAAGAUUUUGAAUUUUUAAGACUGUGAUGCAUUUAAUGGCAUCAAUAUAUAUUCGUUCUAUGAAUUUUCUAGAUAAAAAACGUGCUGGACACAAAAACAAUGUAAUGCUUUUUAAAAUUGUAAGUGACAAUAUUAAUGUUACUGACAUUGAUAAUUAGUAAUGAAAUAUAACAGAAAUA